UUAAUCUUAUCGAAUGAACACUGACAGAUCUAUCUCUAUCUGAUUAUAAAGUCUCAAAAUUUUCGUAUAUAAAUCACGGAUAAAUAGAAUUCAAUUAGUAGCAACGUCUCUUUUCACAAUGAAGUUGGCACUCGUGCUGUUCCUAGCAACAGCUGGGACCUUACGGGUCAAUAGUGUACCUAUCAGCAAUGAUGAAUUGCAAUCAUCGUUAUUUGCUAGUGGAUUAGAAAAUGACUUAAACGAUUUUUUGGCUUUGGUUCCCGUUGAGGAAGUUGAAGGAAUUGUUCUUGAAUAUCUAUCCCACGAUGCUGAUUUUCAACAGACUUUGGAAUACCUCGUCUCGAAGGAUUUUACGUCAUUAAUUCUGGAAAUUGAAGCAAUGCCCGAUGUUAAGGCAUUCAUUAAAUAUCUUCACGAUUCCGGUUUGAAUGUCUAUAAAUAUCUCAAUCAACUUCACGAUUUUCUUGGUCUCGAUCAUUUUGUACCACUCAUGGAAGAAAUGACCAGAGGAAUUACUGGUGGACUACCAGGAUUGAUAAAAGACAUCGAAGCAAUUUUACCACGCGAUAAAAUUGAGGCCCUUUAUCAAGAAAAACUCAAAACAUCGCCAGCUUUCGCCGAUCUAAUAAAACAUCUCCAAUCAUCCAAAUUUCAAAACGUAGUGAACAAUGUUUUCAAAAAUCCAAAAAUUCAAGACUUAAUAAAUCGAGCUAAAGCAAAAGGUAUCGAUGUCAAAGCAAUUCUUGAUCUUGUCACAAAAAUCCUUGGAAUUAAAUUCCCAGGACAGAGUCGUGCAAUUAAUUUCGGAAUGCAGGAGGAUAUUGAUGAUUUUCUUCGUUUAAUACCAACGAAAAAAAUUCAAGAUUUAGUACUCGAGUACCUGGCCACAGAUCCAGAUUUUCAGGCAACAUUAGAUUAUGUUCUAUCAGAUGAAUUUCGUAGUCUAAUUAAGGAUAUUGAAGCAAUUCCCGAUGUGAGGAUGUUUAUCAAAUAUUUAAACGACGUUGGAUUGGAUGUGUACAAUGGUCUUAAAAUUCUUCACGAUUUUCUCGGUAUCGAUCACUAUGUUCCAUUUACCCACACUUAUGGUUUACGGAAAAUUAGCGGUGGACUGCCUGGAUUAAUUGAAGACAUUAAGGCAAUGCUUCCAGUUCAUGAAAUUGAGGAACUCUAUAAAGAAAAAUUACAAACGUCAGCUGCAUUCCGAUCACUCGUCGAACAACUAAAAUCGGAGAAAUCGCAAAGAAUCGUUGACAUUGUUUGGGCAAAUGAAAAAUUCAUCAAGUUGCUUAACAGAGCCGAAGCUAAGGGUGUUGAUGUUAAGGCUAUUUUACAAUUACUCACUGACAUUCUUGGAAUUAAGUUUCCAUCAACGGUCUAUCGUUCGGUGACUAUGGGUUUGAAGCAGGAUCUGGAGGAAUUUUUGGCUUUGGUUCCACGGAAACAAAUCGAGGAUCUUGUCAUGGAGUACUUGGCUUCUGAUGCUGAUUUCCAAGAGGCUGUAGAAUAUGUGAUGUCGAACGAUUUCAAAAAGUUGAUUCUAGAAAUCGAGAACAUUAAGGACGUGAAAAUGUUCAUUAAGUACCUAAACGAUGCCGGUUUAGAUGUCUAUAGCCUCCUUAACCAGGUCCACGAUUUUCUAGGUCUUGACCACAUGGUUCCUGUUAGCGAAUUUUUCGACUACGGCUUCAAGAUUACGGGCGGACUUCCGGGUUUGAUUGCUGACGUCAAGGCCAUUCUACCAGAAGAAAAAAUCCAAGCGCUAUACAAAAGGAAAUUGGAAACCUCAGCCGAAUUUGCAAAUGUUAUCAAAAAGUUAGGUUCGCCGGAGUUUCAAAAAGUGGUCGACACCGUUUGGGGUAAUCCAACCCUCCAGGAGUUGAUCAAACGGGCCAAGGCUAAGGGAGUCGACGUUAAGGCUAUUCUUGAACUGAUUACCGAAAUUCUAGGUAUUAAGUUCCCAUCGAGUAGGCAAGUACGUUCGGUGACAUUUGGCUUGAAGGAGGAUCUCCAAGAAUUUCUGGCUUUGGUUCCACAAAAACAGAUCGAGGAUCUAGUGAUGGAGUACUUGGCUUCAGAUGCCGAUUUCCAGGAGGCUGUCGAAUACAUGAUGUCGAACGAUUUCAAAAAGUUGGUUCUAGAAAUCGAGAACAUUAAGGACGUGAAAAUGUUCAUUAAGUACCUAAACGAUGCUGGUUUAGACGUCUACAGCCUACUUAACCAGCUCCACGAUUUUCUAGGUCUUGACCACAUGGUGCCUGUUAGCGAAUUUUUAGACUACGGCUUUAAGAUUACGGGCGGACUUCCGGGUUUGAUUGCCGACGUCAAGGCCAUCCUGCCAGUCGACAAAAUCGAAGCUCUCUACAAACAAAAGUUACAGACAUCCGCCGAAUUCGCAAAUGUCAUCAAAAAAUUAGGUUCAUCGGAGUUUCAAAAAGUGGUCGACACGGUUUGGGGAAAUCCAACUCUCCAGGAAUUGAUCAAACGGGCCAAAGCUAAAGGAGUCGAUGUCAAGGCUAUUUUGGAACUUAUCACCGAAAUUCUAGGAAUUAAAUUUCCGUCAACAUUGCAGGAACGUUCGGUAACAAUGGGUUUGAAUGAAGACCUCAAAGAAUUUCUGGCUCUGGUCCCACAGAAGCAGAUCGAGGAUCUAGUGAUGGAGUAUCUAGCAUCAGAUGCCGAUUUUCAAGAAGCCGUCGAAUACAUGAUGUCGAACGACUUCAAGAAACUGGUCCUCGAUAUCGAAAACAUUAAGGACGUAAAAAUGUUCAUUAAGUACUUGCACGAUGCGGGUUUAGACGUCUACAGUCUCCUAAACCAGCUCCACGAUUUUCUAGGUCUCGACCACAUGGUUCCGGUCGAACUUGACUAUAUUUAUACCUUAAAAAUUACAGGAGGACUUCCGGGUUUGAUUGCCGACGUCAAGGCUAUCCUUCCAGUGGAUAAAAUCGAAGAGCUCUACAAACGGAAAUUGGAAACGUCUGCCGAAUUCGCCAGUCUUAUCAAAAAGUUAGGUUCACCGGAGUUCCAAAAAGUGGUCGACACCGUCUGGGGGAAUCCAACCCUCCAGGAGUUGAUCAAACGGGCCCAAGCCAAGGGAGUCGACGUCAAGGCUAUUCUCCAACUAAUCACCGAAAUUUUAGGUAUUCGGUUCCCAUCGUCCAGGCUCGUAUCAUCGACAAUGGGUCUAAAUGAAGACCUCCUAGAAUUUCUGGCUCUGGUUCCCCAAAAAGAAAUCGAGAACCUAGUAAUGGAGUACCUAACUUCUGACGCCGAUUUCCAGGAAGCCAUGGAAUACAUGCUCUCUAACGACUUCAAGAAACUAGUUCUCGAAAUCGAAGCCCUACCCGACGUGAAAACCUUCAUCCAAUAUCUCCACAAUGCCGGUCUAGACGUCUACAGUGUCCUCAACAAAAUCCACGAUUUCCUCGGUCUGGAUCACAUGUCUCCCUUCACAAUCACCUUCGGAGCCUACAAAAUCACCGGAGGACUUCCGGGACUCAUUGCCGACGUCAAAGCCAUCCUGCCCCUAGACAAAAUCCAAGAACUCUACCAACGGAAAUUACAAACCUCCGCCGAAUUCGCCAAACUCAUCAAAAACCUAGGCUCCCCGGAAUUCCAAAAAAUCAUCACCACCGUCUGGGCGAAUCCAAAACUCCAGGAAUUACUCAACAAGGCCCAAGCCAAAGGCGUCGACGUCAAGGCAAUCCUAAAGCUGAUAACCGAAAUUCUAGGUAUCCACUUCCCCGGUUCCCGGUACAUGUCACCAAUUUUUGUCAGGUACGAAAAAAAUCUAAAUGAUGACUUAAACGAUCUUCUGGAAUUAAUUCCAAUGAACGAUGUUUUAGAAGUUGCACUGGAUUACGUGGCUGUUGAUCCCGAUUUUCAAUGGUUCCUCGAAUAUCUGCAGUCCCCCUACAUCGGAAGUUUGGUCACCGACAUCGAGAACAUACCCGGAGUAACCAAUUUUCUUCACUAUCUCCAAAAAUCCGGUCUUGACGUCUAUACAUUUUUAAACAAACUCCACAAAAUAUGGGACCUGGACCCAAUUUCACCACAGAGGAACAAUUACAUUACCGGCGGACUUCCGGGUUUUAUCAAAGACACUAUCGCCGCACUUCCAGUGGAAAAAAUCGAAAAAGUAUACAACGAAAAAUUGCAAAAUUCCCCCUCACUAAAGGAUCUAUUGAAACAAAUACAGACCGCGGAUUUUCAAAAAAUGGUCGACACCCUUAUGAUCAAUGAGAGACUCAACGAUCUAAUGACAAAAGUUGAAGCAAAAGGUGUCAACGUGGAUGCAAUUCUAAAAGCCAUUAGUCAACUUCUUGGAAUUCGUUUACCAUCGAGACCGAAAAUAUCAGCAUUUGUAAACGAAGCCCUUAAGAAGGAUUUAAAAGAAUUUGCUGCACUUGUCCCGAAGAAGAAAAUUGCGAAAAUUGUUAUUAAAUACUCUCUGGGUGAUAAGCACUUUAAACGUGUGAUUAAGUACGUAAGAUCUAAUGAUUUUCAUAAAUUAAUUAAAAAUGUUGAAGCAACUAAUGAAAUGAAACAAUUCCUUGAUUAUCUAAAUUCAAUUGGAUUAGAUGUUUACAAGUGGAUUAAAAUAUUUCAUAAAAUUAUUGGUAUGGAAAAAAUGGAAAUUGAAUUUUAUUCACCGUCGCGUAAAAUAAGUGGUGGUAUUAAUGGUUUGAUAAAGGAUAUUAAAGCUGCAUUACCAAUAAAUGAACUUUAUGCACUUUAUCAAAAAAAACUCAAAGACUCAGCAGUAUUCGCUGAAUUUGUUGAACGACUACGUUCACAGGAAUUGCAAAAUCUUGUAAAUGCAUUGGCGAAAAUUGAUGAAGUUGAGAGAGUAUUGACAAAAUUGGAAUCAAUGAAUGUUGAUGUUAAUGGAAUUUUUCAACUUUUGUCAGAUUAUUUUGGUAUUAAAUUCCCACCAAGACCGGGACAUUCUAAUUUUUUUUAACUAAUUAUAAACAAUUGAUAUUUUAUUUCUAAUAGU